GUAUAGUAAGUUGAAAGAGCAAUCGUCCAAUCCGCAAAAACCGUUAACUUUAGUUCUCGUUGCGUGUGUACGGAUUUAAACGAUUCUGUGCACAUUUGUCUACUUUUGUCAUCUCCGUGUAUGAUAAAUAUUCGACUGGUUAGUAAUAUCUAUAUUUAUCAGAUUGAAAAAUUUUAAUCUACAAUGGCAGUAAACGUCUAUGCAACAAACGUAACAACCGACAAUCUUAGCAGACAUGAUAUGCUGGCGUGGGUCAAUGAUUGUCUUCAAUCAUCAUUUACAAAAAUUGAAGAACUAUGUACAGGAGCUGUGUAUUGUCAGUUUAUGGACAUGUUAUUUCCUGGAUGUGUACCUUUGAAAAGAGUUAAAUUUCGAACAAAUUUGGAGCAUGAGUAUAUACAGAAUUUUAAAAUUUUACAAGGAGCUUUUAAGAAAGUUAACGUUGAUAAGAUUGUACCGAUUGAUAAAUUGAUCAAAGGUCGUUUUCAAGACAACUUCGAAUUUUUACAAUGGUUCAAGAAAUUCUUUGAUGCUAACUACUCAGGAAAUGAGGUUUAUGAUGCACUUGCGAUGCGGGGUGGUGAACCUAUGGGUAGCGGUGGAAGUAAUGUGCCACGUGGUACAAACAUGAAACGACCUCCACCACGCGAACCAACUAAACCCGUCUCGCGGACCGGUGAGAUUCCCACUUCCAUGAUUUCGACAGCUUCAAUGAAAAAUGCAAACAAAUCUUCAAAUAAAAUCCAACCAACUCGUCCGCCGAUGAAAACGACCACUGUGGGAACUCGUGGAGAUAAUGGAAAAGUUGAAGAACUCACUUCACAACUUUCAGAAUUAAAAGUGACAAUUGAUGGCUUAGAAAAGGAACGAGAUUUUUAUUUUGGAAAAUUACGAGAUAUUGAAUUAAUGUGUCAAGAAACUGAUGAAGGAAAUCAACCGCCAAUUGUUCAGAAAAUUUUGGACAUUCUGUAUGCAACUGAGGAGUUUGGAAUUAAUCACGAGAGCGAAGAAGCGAAUGGGGAAUCGAUCUUUCUUGGUUAGCUCUGAUUUUCAUUAAAGGACGGUUUUGCACCACCAGAAGAGCUCGAAGGUGAUGGCAUUGCUCCUGACGACGAAGAGUAUUAAUCAUCUAAAAAAUUUUAACAGAAUUGUUCAAUUUACUCCCCUAAAGCAACAGUAAAAAUAAGAAUUUUCUCGUAUGCUAUAUCUGUGAGCCAGUAAAAUUACGUAAUUUUUUUCGUGCAUACUUAGCUUAGAUCAUCAUCUAGCCAUUAUAAUGUUAUCAUGAAAUUUUUCUUUGUCAUUAAUUGGACUGAUUGAAUAUGGUUUAAAUUUUAUUAUAGAAUCUAUCCUAUACAUGAAUCACAUUUGUAUGUGACUGAAAUUCACUGUUUAUGUCAACUUGUCAUUGCGUGCUGUUUAUAUAAAAAAAAUAUAAGAUACAUAAAUAUGGAAAAAUUAAAAAAAAAAUUAAGCGAUGUUAAUACUACUAGAUAAUGAUAAUUCAUGUUUAAAAAUUAUUUUUUCAUAUUAACAUUUUUCUUAUCCAUUUUGUAAUCUUAAUUAGUACUUUUUAUAAUAAUUCUCAUAGUUUGAUUAAUUAAAUUUCUCUUCUUAAUGAAUUUACAAUCAUCGAAAUGUUUUAUUUUCUUUUGAACAAAGUGCAUACAUACUGUGAGUUAUGUCAUAAAAACACUAAAUGGAAGUUAAGUUUGAAUAUAAUGGAUUUCUUGUUAAUAACUAAUCUGUUAUUUUUA